AUGGAAGUCAUGGAAGUUUUCACCUCUUCGAUCACGUCGAUAGCAACUUCGCCAGCUGUGCCUCUCGACAGGGCUUAUAUUCUAGCAUCAAUAUUCAUCACUCUUGGAGCUGUUCUCGUGGGUUGGUCUGUAACUGAUACGAUGCGGAAAGGAGUGGUGGAUCUUACGGAAUACUACAAUAAUCCUCGAGAAUUGAUGCUCGGUCAGGUGGCUAUACUGGGAGGUACUGAGAGUUUGUUAAAUGGUCUUCUCUGUUUUGAACCAUAA